GCACCACACAAAUUUAUUUUCAGUUGUGACAGGCUUGGGCCGGACUACACGUUCGCGCAAACGUAAGCAGACCAACCUUCGUCAGCUGAUAGAUUCAAUCCUGUUUUGGCCAGGAAAACGCUCUACUCCCUUGCUAUCUUUUAUCCCACGCGUACUCCUAGUCCUUUCGUACUGGUUUUCAUAGUCCUCGGUUUCACAGUCUUUGGUCUGGACCGUUUGGUCUUCAUUGCAAUUAUUUAUUGUGUAGCGACUGCAUGCGAUGGCAACAAGCGCUGACGAGUUAUCAAGUUUCACAUCGUAACUAUGUAGCUGUUUCAUGUUUGGUGAUAUGGCGAUGAAUUUUUAUGUUUCUCAAGAAGAAGAGUCAAAAGAUAGGUCUUGGCAGCCUGUAAAUUGUGGUGUCCGUGUAUGUCCGGUGCGUCAUGGAGGACGAGAAACCGGUAUCGGACACCAGUGCUAGUGCGAGCGUUCAGCCGAGUGGCACUCAGUCAUCCGGCACAACCGGCCUGACGGUGAAUGAAUGUCACGAUGCAGCAGUUCGUCAGCCUAGUCCUGUUCCCAGAGAGCGCAGGCCGCGCGCCCCAGUAGUCAGCCGUCGACAGUCGUCAUCUGCGGGUAGCGUGGUGUCUGCUGUUGUGCCUCGUCGCCGCAGCACGAUCGGAAAGCCAUCGGAACGGUCUCCCCGAGACGCUGGUCCCACACCUGCAUCGCGGGCCAGUAGAAUACCAGUGCCUGCAACACCUGAGAAGACCAGGGAAUCGAUGAAAUCGGUGGAGUGUAACGACGGGAAACAUGAUCCACUGCAAACGACAUCCACUCCUGGAAACGCUAGCGACAUACACCACGACCAAACUUCUGAAAGUCCGGAUACACCAGGUGUUGCUGAGGGGGUUACUAGUUCAUCACCCGGCGUUGUUGUGCGAGCACGUUCGCAGGUAUCGUCGUCACCGGCACGUACGGUGUCGGAGAUCACGAGUAAUGCCCGGACGCCGGGUAGUCCCGUACGCAGCAGCGUGCCCGCCGCCAGAGCGGAUGCCAGCUCGUCGUCGGCAUGUGACCGAUCGCACACGCUGAGCAUGUCGCGGCGCACCUCCAAACCGCCGCCACCGCCCAAGGACAAAGCACGGCUGUCGGUACUGGUGGAAAACAGCAAGAGUCGCACCCCGACCGGCAGUCCAUUCAAUGUCCGCCGGCCAGCGCCAGCGCAUAGCAGUGACAAACAGGGCACACCGAUCGGCAAGUGUAAUGGCGACUCAACCCAGACACCGGAGCAGAAGCCUCAGAACCGUGACACCGCUGAUCAGGUACCAUCAAAGUCGCCGCCCGGGCAGUCGAAACCGCUAUCCAGACAGAGGACGGGAUCCGGAAGCGUGCCGAAACGCAAGGCGCCCGUCGUGGUGCCGAAGGCAAAGCCCACUCCCGCAGCAGCCAGCGGAGUGAAUCGCAACUCGUUUAGUAAGACAGUUGAGAUGCAGCCACGUCGACAAUCGCUCAAGUUGGACGACAAACUCAAGAAGUCCGAUGCACUUAGUGAAAAUGAGUCAAAACCGGAGGUUCAAUCAGCCGUCACACCAGAAGGUGUUGCAUCACAACAGAGCACUGGCCAUUCAGAAACAAUAACUACCAGUAGGUCAAUUGCGUUACAUUCGUCAUCGCCGAAUCAGGACAAAUCCCGAGCCAGUCCUCCCAGUAAGGAGUUUGCCAGACCAAGAGCAUCUGGUGCCACUCCACUAAAGCCACCACCAAAGGUCAGAACGAAGCCAAAGCCGGCCGUAGCUGCCAAGUCCAGUCCGAUACAAGGUUCACCGUCCCCGAAUCUACGUCCGUCCUCGUUGGCACAAUCUCAAAAUCGACUAUCAACGCCAGGCAAGCCGUCCAAGCCAGCAUCACCUAUUAUGCAACGGAGGUCAGCGCAGUUUGAAUGUGCAGGUACUCCGGAGGAGUCUCGUUCUGGUUGGCGAUUGUCAUUGUCCAGGGUUUCACCGGACGGACACUUUGACACCGCGCCUCGUACUGUGUCACCAGCACUGGCUCGCAAAGUAGCAUUAAUGGGAUUGGAUGCAGAGAGUCCAACCUCCGAGCAACCCCAUGGCCCAGGAAUCGUGUCACCAUCACCGCUAGCUUCGCCGGUCACGGAAACAGCCUCGAAGCCGAAUGUCAAAGAAGAGAGCAUGGCAAGCACUGGCGGGAGAGCUACUCCACCACUGCCUGCUAAGAAGCGUUCGCGUACCAGUGCUAUUGUCACCCCAGCGCAGAGCCAUUCUCCCAAACCAACAAGAACACCUCCAGCUGCGCCAGUGCCCUCUUUAAAAACUGCCUCCAGCGCAUCCCCUCGCCCUCCGCGCUCACCAAAGCCAGCGAAAAAAGUGCACACUGCGACAGCAUCCCCAGAUCUACAAUCAGAUGAGACAGAGUCCUCUCCUAGUCCACAGCCAAACUUUACUACAGGAUCUGCCACAACAGAUGAUUUACAAGAUCGACGCGCUCCCCGCAGUCCAGCGAGAGUGCAGCGCUCGAAAACGAUAAUGGUCCGGUCAGAGUCACCAUCUCCAUCACCAGGUGGCAUGUCACCUCUGGCAUCGCCCCGCAAUGCAUCAUCACCUGUGCCAAGGAAGAGAACGCGCACGUCUGUGACGAGCCCUUCUCCUGAAUUGGAUGCCGCACUGGGUAUUGCCGAGGCUAUUAGCAGUGGCGAGGACAUGAGUGUGCCAAGCACGCAGCCAUCAGCUGCAGUACUAUCCAAGUCACUUCCAACCGGAUCUAUCCUGCUGCAGUUCCAGUCGCCAACGGAAGAUAUCCCAGACAAGGAAGCUGCUACUACUGCUGACGGUGUUAAUAGUGCAGACGAUACUCAGGCUGAGCCUGAACAGCGAACACAAGCGGAUGCAAGGAGCAGCCGGCGCAAGUCCCCAGAGGACACUGUUCAUGACAUAGAGGUAAGCUCGUCUCGGUCCAGAUCGCCAACACGUCGUAGCAUGAAGCGUCGUGCACCAACUCCCCCGGCCAAUGUCAGGCCUUUCACUGUGAAAGAGGGCCAGCCCGCACCAGCCGGAAGUGGAUCACCGAAAACUUGGAACUUAUCACGUAGUCUGUCCACACCUCCGGCAUCGCCACUCACGCGACGCAGCAGCAACACAGUUGACGAUCGCAUGCUGCCAAGUAGCAUCAGUGAUAAUCAUGUCAUGUCAUUUUCUGCUCCAGCUGGUGAGAACACUUCCUUUCUUGGAAGCAACGAGGACAUACUCGGCACUUCAAGUCGUAGCUCUAGCCGAAUGGAGCUGGAGCUACAUCCCACUGAUUCGGAGUCAGGGAAAGAAGACGUGUCAACGGUCCGUCGGUCCAGGAGAGGUGCGCCACCACCGCCCAGGGGCUUGAAAUCUCCUCCGCCGAUUGCUGAAUUCCCCGACGAGCCGAGUCCUCUGGAUUCCCCAGUUGCUGGGCCUAUGUAUGCAAUGAUACCAGAGAUCGGAGGAGGACAGGCUCAAGGCAAUACCCAAGGCAAGAAAUCCGCCACCAGUUUGGGACCACCCCAACAGCCCGCACCAGCUGUGCCAGCUCCUGCCGUUCCAGAACCUGGCGCAUUGGCCGCCACACGUAAGCGGUCGGGUUCUAUCAAGAGGAAAGCACCGUCGCCCGUCAAUCCGUACGCCAGUGCCGACUCUCAGCAAAUGAGUGUAUCAAUGCCAUCAUCACCCUUACUACAGAAGAGCCCAUCACCGGAUGUAACGAUGCCCACAUCACCGCAACCGAAGCCUCGAGCCAGACCACAACGAACAGCACCUGCCAUUUCCAAAGCCGCAUCGGAGUCGGAUCUGGUCUCGGAAUCGCCUCCGCUGCCAAAGCGUAACCCCGUUACGAGGCAAAACACCGACACAUCUCUGCCCAUUGCUCCUCUGGCUAGUGAAGGCGCAUACGGUGUGCGCACCAUCACAGACAUGGAGUCACCAAUGUAUGCAUGCAUACCCGAGCUUGGAGGAGGCGCAGCAGCAGCAGCAGCAGCAGCGGGGGCGGCAGCUGGCAAGGAUGACCAAUUGGCACAGGACAAACGGGAAGAGGAUGGCAGUAACGAAGAGCCGCGAUCUGAGUCGGUGAGCCCGGAAACCGCGUCUUGUAAAUCACCUCACCUCACUGAGGAAGAAGAGAGACAGUUACAGGAGCAGAUCAAAACUUUGGAUGAAGAACUGGAGGUGGAGAAGAAAACACAGCGUAGCCUCCAGCAAAUGUUCAAACUCUUGGACGGCGACAAGGCAAUAGACGUGGCAGAGAAGAUGGACAAGAACGAGGCUGCCAUUGCCGAGUUGGAGAAGGAAUUGGCAAAGUUGAGAGAAAUCGAGUCUGGCGAGCGUAAGAUUGACAAUGAGCAGCGUAUACGCCUUCGCAAGCAGGUGAUCAAUGAGCUGGUGACGACGGAGAAAACCUUCAUCAACGACAUGAAACUGUGUGUGGAAGGGUUCCUAAAUCCCCUUCGUGAAGAGGGUGCUGUUGAUGUCAAACAGUUGUUCGGAAAUCUGGAGGAGCUUGUGGAGGUUGCACAGAACUUUCUAGAGCUGCUGGAGAGCCGCAUUUCCGUGGAGAGCGGUGAAGAGGCACAGCUUGCAAACUGCUUCACUGACAUGAGAGAUGAGCUGUCACAGGUGUACGCUCAGUACUGUCGCAAUCAUGAUGAUGCAAGUGAUCUGAUGAUGAAGCUUGACUCAACAACAGAGCAUCAAGAGCGGAUGAGUCAGUUGAGUGAAGAUGUGCGCACGCUACACAACGCCAAGGCGUGGGAUUUGCAGAGCUUCCUGAUCAAACCGGUGCAGCGCGUACUGAAGUACCCCUUACUUCUACGUGAACUGUCCAAGUAUACUGACUUCAGCCAUCCAGACAAGAAAGAACUCAAACAGGCCAUGGAGAUCAUGGAGGGAGUGGCACGUGAAAUCAACGAAUUCAAGCGACGCAAAGACCUGAUGCUGAAAUACAAGAAGUCAACUGAGGAAGCUGCUAAAGUGGGAAUGGGAAAGCUUAGCUGGCACUCAGUCACCAAGAAGACCUCGCGAUUCACACAGAAGAUCGGCCAGGCCACUGGAUUCACAGCCUCUACCAUUGACAAGAAGUUUCAUGAUGAGGAAACACUGUUCCGUGAACUGGAGAAGGCCACCAAACAGUUACUAAAGAAUGUCCAGGAGCACGUACAGUUUACACAGGAAUUGAAUGCUGUCAUGCAGAAAGUACUGCUGUCCUCUCAGAGUUUUUACGGCGACUCAACAGACAAUAACUUUGGCAUGUACCUCCAAGCGUGCAACUUCCAGAUAGGUGGCUCGUUCGGCAGCUUUAUGGAUGACUUGAAGACCGGUGUUGUGGACCGUCUUGAAAGGCUUAUUUCGCAGUUCGAAACACCGCGCUUUUUCAUCGACAAGAGAAACGAUAAACUACUCGACUACGACUCCUGCAAGAAUCGUGUGGACAAGUACAAGGCCGACCCGGAGAGGCUGAAAGAGUUCAAGGAGGAACUGAAGAGAAAACAGCGAGAAUACGAAGCAAUGAAUGCCCAGCUGCUCGAAGAUCUCCCCAAGCUGGUCACCGUCAGCUUGAAGAUCAUGCUGGGAAUUGUCGCUUCCUGGGAGAAUUUGCAGCAGAUAUACUGUGCGAACUGCGCUCAGAUCUUGACGGAACUUAGCACGCUGGACAUGAUUCCAUCUGGAGCAGAGAAUGAUGAUGAUGUUACCUACACCCACACUCAGACACUACUGUGUCUCUAUGACAAGUGGAAAGGCUUCAAGAUCGUACCCAAGGGAUGGGUGGAACGGUCGCUGGCGUCACCGACUAACCGCGGAUCACUACGUGUCUCCCGGAUGCCAUCAACAAUGAGCGGGUCCCUGGAUGCACUUAACCUCACGGCUGGUCGCAGAACAUCAGCGGAGAGUCUUGCUUCGUCUAGCGUCAGCAACCUGUCCAUCGACAGCAACUUCUCGUUUGAUCUGAAGAGUACGGCUCGCAAACGUCCCCCUAUACCCAUGUACAUGCAGCAAGAGUCCUCCAUCUCUCAGGCAUCCGUUGUCAGUGACUUUGAAGCUGGUAACGACACUGAGCUCACCGUCACCCGGGGCUCCUUCGUGGAGGUCCUGGCGAAAACUGACACCAGCAACAAUGCUGACUGGUGGAAGGUGAAGCAAGGUCAAAAAUCAGGCUAUGUGCCAGCGGCCUACCUCAGUGAUUCUGGCAUCUCGGAUGUGGGUUCGUUUAGCCGCAUGUCCUCCAACUCGUCAAUGACUUCCUCGCCGGGCAAGCCUCGUCAUGCACCACCCCUUGCCCCGAAGAAGUCGCGUGAGGAACCAGAGUACGCAGAAGCGGCAGCAGCCCGGCCAUCACAGACCCGAAAGACAUCGGGUGUCGGUGACGUCAAUCCGUAUCGUGCGGUGGACGUAUUGAUUACGAGCGGCACCGAUUCAGAGAGUGCUUCGAGUUCUGUCGCAAGCACUCCGAGCGUCUCUCCUGAGCCGGUCGCGUUCAACGCAGGGGCUCAGCGUGCGGAAGACUCUCGAUCAUCCAAGGUAUCAGUGAGCAGCAUGCAUGCACACUUGCCUGUGCAUCGGGUGGCGUAUGACUUUGAAGCGGAAUCGGCGACUGAGAUCACUCUCAAAGAAGGCGAACUUGUGAAAGUGCUGACGGACCAUGAUACAACAGGCAACAAUGACUGGUGGCUGGUCAUGCCCACUGACUGCGAGGACCCAACACGUCGUGGCUACAUACCGGCUGCCUACCUCGAGGACUUGGUUGCGUAGCAUUCCGUAACGCACUCACCAUCACCAUAUUGCAGAAGUGACUGGACCUUUCGAUGUCGAAAGAAUCAAAUAGCAUCAUGCCUAGAAGAAGAGAAAGAAUGGAUGACCGCCGUGCGUGAUGAAAGGUAACGAUGAAACACUUCGAACCAGUUUUUAGCACAAUGAGGGUCAGAAUAUACAUAUUUCACAUGGAUCUGAGUGCAGUACAAUCAGCAGCAGCAGAAGACGUAGCUAGACGACAGUUAGCAGUGUCACUUGCAGUGUUGCAGUGUUGCAGUGUUGCAGUGUUGCAGUGGCUUCGAUAUGCUCGCUGGUUUCACUGGUUGUCAAGUAACUAAGAGAACGAUCCGUGAAAACUUAUUCUUUCCGAAAAAGAUCUGUAUAAUUAUUUGUACAUACUCAGUCUGCCGGCCAUACUGCUUUGUCCAUUGCAGUCUUGUCGGCCCUAUCUGCUUUUGUCGCCGUGUCGUGUCUUGGCGACCUCGUUUCUGCUUGAUUGUUUGUCUAGAAUAUAAUAUAGACUUGAGUACUGUCUCUUGUUGUUGUUGCAACACUGCUCUCCAGUUCUUUAGUCAUAGUUAUUGAUAUUUCAUGUUAGUGCUGCACUGGUCUUCGUAUUUGUCCAAACGUAGUAUGAUAACUUACCAUUUUAUGUCUAUUAUACGCCGAUAUCAUAGAUAUUGUUUGAACUAGAGAGGUCGCAAACAGCGGAUGAACUAUUCUAUUGAAGUUUUUUGUUUCGUCUACGUGACUUCACGGAGUAAUAUAUUACUGGAUGGUAUUUAGUUUUGUUUAACCUUUUCUGCUCUUUCUUGCUCUCUUCAUGGCUUUCCUGCUGGCGGGAAAGACUGGCUGGUCCACAUUUUUUUGCUUUUUAUCUUAUAUAGCAUCUUACACAUUUGCUCUCGCCUUUCACUGCUCAUGAUCAUCCCACACACUGAUAGGCAUUUGUGAGGUUUUCAUCAAGUUUGUCCGGGUAUAAACUCA